UAGAUAUUUAUGAUUUUAACGUUGAACGGGAUCGCUCUUCGUAGUGAAUUACAUUGCAUUGGGUUCUAGCAGCGUAUUUCACUCACCAUGCAGGCUAGUGAUAGGUUUAACAUCAAUUCUCAGCUCGAGCAUCUCCAAGCCAAAUAUGUUGGAACUGGCCAUGCUGAUUUGAACAGAUUUGAGUGGGCAGUGAACAUUCAACGUGAUAGCUAUGCAUCAUAUAUUGGGCACUACCCUUUACUGGGAUUCUUUGCUAUUGCUGAAAAUGAAUCUAUUGGAAGAGAACGCUACAGCUUUAUGCAGAAAAUGCUCCUGCCUUGUGGUUUGCCUCCCGAAAGAGAAGAAGAUUAAGAAUUGCCAUCUGGAUUGCAAAUGGAUCACACAGUACAGUUAAUAUAGCCUAUGACAGUUUGUUGUACCGUGUUAUCUUAUCAAGGAUACAGAUGGGUUGUUUGACCUUGAUCUGAUUAGAGAUUGUAUCAUCAUCUUUCUUUAGCUUGUGGAUGCUUAAGCUUUAGUUGUUAUGGAUCUUGGAAAUUAUGUCAAGUUUAGUUUCUUCUUAAAUCUUAAUGUUGCCGCGUUUCCUAAAUGGUGGCCUUUUAAAUUGAUUCAAA